AUGAAAGAUCUGAAAACCCCAGAGGGGAGACUUUGUGAGUAUUGUAAGCAUAAAGAGGCCAUUUUGCUGUGCCAAGGUUGUCCCAAAACUAACCAAUUGUGCGCUACAUGCCGUGAAUUGCAUGACAGCAUUCCGGCAUUAAAUGGACAUCACUUUGUACCUUUAUCACAAUUCGAUUUCUCAGUUAACCCAUCUAACAUCCGUGAACAAUUACGUCACGUAUUAGAUAAAGCUCAAUACUGCGACAAACACGACGGCGAGUUGCUAACAUUAUAUUGUGAAGAGGAUGACAACGUGGCAUGCAGAGAUUGUAUUUUAGAAACUCACAGUAAACAUGACUUUAAAAAAAUUGGAGAUGUGGUGAAGGGUCAACGGGAGUUAAUACAAGAAAAACUGAGAUGUCUCCCAAGUGCAAAGCCGUCUCAUUAUGAAAUUGCAGAGAAAGCCAUUGUACGAACGGAAGAGAGGCUGACAGAAAAUCAGUCAAACGUACUUAGUUUGGUGGAUUCUCAAAAAUUAGCUAUGACGAAGGAGAUAAUGGAAAACAGUGAAACCAUUGAAAGAGAACUAAGCACUUAUUACCAACAAGUAGAGAAAGACGUACGUCGACAGAUCGACGAGUAUUUAACAAGUAUGAAACACCAUUUGGAAACGUACCAAACAAAAGUACUGUCAGAUUAUAUCGAAAUGCAGAAAGUUAUAGAUGACAAAAGCAACGAAAUAACGGCCGAAGUUAUGGCACUCACCUCCACGCAGUUGAAGACUUUAGAAGCUGAAAAGGACAAGCAAGAAAUUGACAAGAUUUCCAUCCAGAGCAUUCGUGAAUUCGCCCAGCAGCUCACAACCAACGGAUCUGCCAUCGAGGUCAUGACUCACUCUAAAAAACUCCAAGCUAGAAUCCAGGAGUUGCAGACAGUAGAACCAGUCUUUGAUACCAAGAUCACCGACGUAACAUUAACACCAGGUCUAACAGAAAUGGACCGUGUGCUACAGUUUCCUAAAAUCCCUGAACCAAAACCGCUGUCCAUCAAAACAGGGUCCAUCACGGCCAAAACAUACCGCGAUCCCUUGGAUGCAUGUUUUGGAAGUUUGAAACAAGAGGGAGCGCACUGUCCCGAGCUGAUGUGUUUUCAGAAGGCAACAUGGUUUGGCACUCCAGAGCGGAAAUUUUGUUUUAAUAUUAAGGGCUGGCCACUGUGGGACAUCCAGUGUACAGAUGACGGGUGUAUUUUAGUUGGACAUAGUGAUGCAGUGUCAGUUUUCUCCAGUGCAGCUGACCGUGAUAAUGACAGGGUGGUUGUCCUUGGUCUAGACGGAACAUUUUUACGUAACAUUUUGACAAAAAGCGACAACACUGAGCUGCCUUUGUCCGUCUCUAUCGCCAGUAACGGGGAGCUUGUUGUUGGAUCCGCCAGAGGAAAAGUAUCCACGUAUAAGUACAUCGCUUAG